AUGAGAACGAGGGCCUGCCGCCCAUUCAUUCUCGGUACGGACAUGGCGAGGAGUUCAAGGCUGACAAGCCCCAGAACCGCAAAGGCAGCACGCACGAGGCAUUUCGCUACUGCUGCGGGCCCUGUGCUGCGCGUCGACGGCUCCAUCGCGCCGGAACGUCUGCUCGCAGAGCUUCGUCCGAUGACGAAGGACUUUCUCCAAGCUGCUACACUCCGGACAGUGGGCCAGGCCGGGCUUGCGACGACACUUCAGAUUCUGGCGCAGCUCCGGCAGGGAAGGCAAGCUGCCUUGUUCAGCCUGGAGUAUGGAGAGCCGGAGCAACGUACUCUUGGCCUUUUCAUGCAGCCCAUCUGUGAUUUCUGCAUGAACGAAAGCGAUUCACAGGAGGGCAUGCCCAUUCUGCCAGUCGUCAUCCAUAAGAAGCUUACAGCGGAGCCUCUGCUGAGGCUGCCCUCUGCCAAGUGGCUGCUGCCGGAGCAGCGAAACUUGCACUCCGAGCUGACAGUGACUGAGAAGAGAUCGGGUUGGGGCUCGGGGGCCUUUCAAACUUGGGGGGCAUGUGUCUACGCUGGUGGAAGGAUGAAAUACGAAGUCCAGUACUGGUUCACUCCUGACGGAAAUGUCUUGCUCAGCCCCGUGGGGAAUCGCAUCAGCGGCGUGGACCUGGUGCAGGGUCGAUCGGUGACUCUGGCGCCCGAGAAUCGGGAGGACGUCGCGGUGCUGGCACUGACGGAGGAUGCACGACUCCUCCUCUCCGUCGACAUACACGGCCAUGCAUUGCUGAUCAACUUCGUUCGGUGCAGCAUCCUAACGAGGAUCAAUUUCAAAGCCCGCGUGCAAAGUGCCAAGUGGAGUCCAGAUGCCCGAUGGCUCAUCGUAAGCCAUGGGCGGAAAAUCCAGCUCUGGAGGACUCCCACGGUGGAGCUUGGUUGGCAAUUCGUGAAGGAGCGUGUCACCGCUGGGCACCACGACGAUGUGGUUGACUUGUCGUGGAGCUCCGACUCCAACUUCUUCGCUUCCGCUUCGAAGGACGGUACUGUGCGGCUGUCGGCCGCACGCCGGCACGACGGGUUUCAACCCAUGGCGCUGCUUGAACACCGAAGCCCAGUCAGAGCGGCUUUCUUCUCCAAUGACAUGCAGCACAUUUUCAGCAUGUCCCGCGAAGGUGUGCUGGUGUCAGCCAAGUACACGCUCAAAGAGGGUGUACUCAACGACGAGGAGCACAGAGGGAAGCUCUUGUAUUGCCAGCCCGGCACAUGGGCGGUGGAGUCGAAAGCAUAUUGCCAGCAGCCCGUGAGUAACAAGGUGAUGCGAUGUGCCUUUGACGGCAAAGCUCAGCUCUUGGCUGUCGGCUUCAGCGCAGGUGUUUUGAUGCUCUUCGAGAUGCCUCAGCUUCAGGCGCUGCAGACGUUAAGUCUCGGUCAAGAGCCCCUGGAUGCAGUGGCACUGGGCGCCAACGGAGACUGGCUGGCCGUGGGUAGCUCAGGCACAGGCCAGCUGCUAGUAUGGGAAUGGCGCUCAGAGACCUACGUCCUGAAGCAGCAAGGCCACCACUACGGAGUCCGCUGUGUGGCUUUCUCCCCGGGCUCGGUAUCCAUGAAGCGUGGGAAAGCCCUGGCCUCGGCAGAUGCUCGGCCUGAGGAUCGGAGCAGUGCCAUUGGAGGUCGGCUCCUGGCGACGGGUGGCUACGACGGUAAGGUGAAGCUCUUCAAUGCGCAGAGUGGGCUUUGCUUCGUCACCUUCGCAGAACAUACAGCCCCAGUCAAUGCUCUUUGUUUCACUCCCCAAGGCAAUGCGGUGUUAAGCGCAAGCCGUGACGGCUCUGUUCGUGCCUUCGACCUUCUUCGCUACCGCAACUUUCGCACUUUCGCAAGCCCAGACGGCCUCUGUCAGUUCUCCAGUGUGGCCGUUGAUUCUGGUGGCGAGAUCGUGGCAGCAAGUAGCACAGGAGGUAAGUACGCCGUCUAUGUGUGGUCCAUCCAGACAGGGAACAUUUUGGAGGUUCUCACCGGCCACACGUCCCAUGUAGAGGCGCUGCACUUCUCACCUUCCGCAGCCCAUCCCGGACAGCUGGUCAGUGCAAGCUGGGAUGGAACGCUGAAUGUCUGGGACCUCUAUGCUGGCACGAAAGGUGGGUCAGCAGAAGCUUUGCAGUGCUCUUCCAGCGUCGUGGCGGUGAGCUUCGAUCCGCGAGGGAACGACCUUUGUGCCGCAGCGUGCCUUUCAGGACAAGUCUUAUUCUGGAAUGUGGUGACGGCACAGAACAUUGGAUCUAUUGAUGGCAUACGAGACAUUCAGAGCGCCAGGCACUGGCAGGACAUGUUUUCUGCCAUCAACGAACGUGGCCUAAAACCAGGCGCUGGCAUGAAGAAGAGACGUCCCACCGAUGGUGUCAACCUCAACCAGAACUUCAACUCCAUCGCCUAUGCCCGUAGCGGCGAGCUGCUGCUGUGCUCAUCGCGAAACUCUCCCUUUGUCUCCCUUUACGACACCUCGGCAUACACCCUGGCGGCUCGCGUGACGCUCACCACGAAUCGGAGCCUUAGUGGCGUGCAGUCAUUUCUGAACAGCAAGCUUAUGACGGAAGCCGGAGCACCCUGGCAACAGUACGAUCUUUCUGACAGCGAUGCUGACGACGCUGAGGUGUCGCGCCAGCGGCAGCAGAAGCGCCAAGCGAACUCGCUGCCGGGAGUGGCUGUGGGCGAGGCAAAGGAUGCCUACACAGAGAAGGAGCUGCACGUUUGGGAUGUCGCAUUCUCUGCCGACUCUCAGCAGUUUGCCGUGGCCACCACCCACGGGGUCUUCGUUUACUGUCAGGAUGCUGGGAUGGGCACCGCGGGCAUCUCUGGAAUCUACGGGUCCGAGACGAGCCGAUUCGUUCCGCAGAUGCUGACCAAAGCUGUGUCGGCACCAGCCGUACUGAAGGCUCUUGAUGACGGGGACAUCACCCGAGCCAUGAUCCUGGCUUUGGCUCUGAACGACUAUGGCUUGCUGAGAAAGGUCUAUGAGAAGGUGCCGGUGCACUCCAUUCAGCUUGUGGUGGCCUCCAUCGGCUCGCCUCUACUACCAGCGCUGUUGUGGUUUCUCAGCUUGGAGCUGAAGCCACAAACGGGCACCCCGCACUACCAGUUUCACAUGCUUUGGAUCUCUUCCGUCAUCGACCUGCACUUUCAGACCCUGCUCGAGAUGACGGCUGGCCGCACAACUGCGCGAACGGGCUCGACACUGGAUGCAGUGGCCGCCUCCCGGUCUGACGUUGCUGCGCUGUGCCUUCAGCUGCUGGUCGAGCUGUCGCAGAGACAUGCUGCGAUGUCCAAGAUCUUCGACAGCAACACAUACCUCUUGAGAUACCUGGGCAGCCUCCCCUCUGACAGAGAGGCCCUCACAGAUGAGAACCUGCCGCAGUCGAAGGGCGCGAAGAGUAGAAAGAAGCCGAAAGCUAUCGAGCCGCCGACAGCGCCCGCGGCAGAGGAGACGGCGGAGCUCCCUCCGGCAGAGGAGAUCGAGGCCUCUGCGCCGAAGCCGAGGGCCAAGAAGAAGCGCCGCCUAGGCACUUGA